AUGCUAACGGACCAAGACCCGACACCCAGAGCCACGAAUGAGCCUUGGAGAUUCACCCCGUCUUUGCUAGAUCCAAACUCUUUCUCCUUUACCAGCUUCGCCAAUGCGCCGCCCGGCUACUACACUCCAACCCCAGGAGGCACCAAUACCAUCUACCACCCGCAAGCCGGCGACCUGCACACGCCAACGCUGGGACUCGGUAUGGGCCUUGGGACCCCCUUAUCGAUGCCCACGUCGGACGGCGCCAUGAACUCUGGACAUCCCAUGAUGGACCUAGCUGGGUACCACCAAGGAAUGCAUCCUCAGCAGUUCCAACAACCCUUCAACCCGUUCAUUCAGCCUCCCGCGCCUCAGCAAUCGUUUGCGCCUUCUUCAUUUGUGCACCAAGACACCGGCUACGAAACCAUGGAGCAAGAUGGGUCGCCGAUGAACUCCGAUCCGUCUGAAGAGCGCAUGGCUUCCAUUGACAGCGCCUUUCACAACUCACCCAUGAUGGGUUUCCAGGGACGGCAAAUUGGAGGGAUGCCCAUGGCCGUAGCACUCCCACCGUCUGCCGAAAAGUUCCGUUUCCACGCGACUCUCAACGCCCCUACUGCCAUGAUCAAACACGCGGAUGAGAUCCCCGUGACGUACCUCAACAAGGGCCAAGCGUACUCUCUCUCCAUCAUCGACACCAACGCAACGAUGCCUGUGGCACCAGGCACCAGAUUCCGCACCUUUGUCCGCAUCUCCUUUGAAGACGAGCAACAACGACAGAAACCCGGUGUUUGUUGGGCCUUGUGGAAGGAGGGUAGAGGCACGAAUGAAGCCCACCAAAGGGGCGGAAAAUUACAGGCCGUGGAGUAUGUCGAAGCGGGGCAGCCGACCGAGGGUGAUGACAAGAGGACACGCGUCGAGUUGGAGUCGGCCUCUUUUGACGGCUUUUCGGUUGUCUGGACCCCCGGUAUCAACGGCGCCCCCGAGUGCAACAUCGCCGUUCGCUUCAACUUCCUGUCCACCGACUUCAGCCACUCCAAGGGAGUCAAGGGGAUUCCUGUCAGGCUGUGUGCCAAGACCAGCACAUUUCCUCCGGAUCCCGCGCAGCCAGCCGCGGACGCCAACCCCGAGAUCUGCUUCUGCAAGGUCAAACUGUUCCGUGACCACGGCGCCGAACGAAAGCUCUCCAACGACGUGGCCCAUGUGAAGAAGACUAUCGACAAGUUGAAGCAGCAGAUUGCGCAAGCGGAGAGUGGCAUGAAGGACUUUGGGAAGCGCAAGAGGUCCACUGCCACGGCCCAAGUCAAGGGCGCUGACCAACGGCCCGGCAAGGUGCAGAAACACAAGAGAACAUGGUCCAUGUCCUCAACCAGCUCAGCCGGCGGAGGGGCUCGCCCUCCUCUAGAAGAGGACUUGCACUUCAAGCUCCAGACACUGCAGGACAUGUUCACCAGCACCCGGCCCGUCAGCAUACUCUACUUACGCGGCGAAGACCUCGACGACCCCGACCUCCACCCUGUUUCACUCCCUGGAGAGCAGACGGACCUCACCAAAAUCGAAUCCCGUGAGGGUCCCGCGUGGCAGGCACGAAGUGGCCGUAGCUCCGUCGCUGGCUCGUCCCUGGUUUCGCCUUCCCCAAGCUCUCUGUCUCUGGCUUCUCAAGCUUCGGCAGUACCCAACCGGCAGUGGUCGGGUUUCGACGGCGAAGGCUCGGGAGAGCCUGCUUCCCGACAAGGCUCGGAUCAGCCAACGAAGGUCACCAAGACGGACGAUGCUGGCAACUUGAGCGGCUGGAUCGAAGCUCUGGGCGUGGACCCAUCCUACCGUCCGCCUCCUGAGCGCGUGGCGAGGCCUGCCGCCUGCUUUUAUGUCAUUCGGCCCGAUGCAUCCGAGCCGGAGAGGCGGGAGUACUACCGCGCGAUAUACCUAGCCCAGAGGAGCUUGAAGGACUUCAACUACCGUUUGGCCGUUAAAUGGAACCUUGAUCCGUCCAGGGUUUUGCGAACUGUCCAUGUCCUUGAUCGCGGGCUCGAGGUCGAAAUGGAUGACGAUGUCAUCCAAGAGCUAAGAGAAGGCCAGGACAUGAUGCUUGAAAUCAAGGAGGUCACACACGACGAUUCGGUCCAGCCCAAACGCGAAUGGGACAUGGCCGUCGAUCCCAACGAGGGUGAUGCAAUGGACCAUUCAUCGACGCAAGGCAGUUAUGAAUUGCGCCUCAAAUUUUAA